AUGUGGAACUCCUGGUUAUGUUGCUCCUGAAAUAGCCAAUUUAAUUGAUAAAUCAGAGAAAUAUGAUAAAGUUUGCGAUGUUUUUAGUGCAGGUGUGAUAUUCUUUAAAUUGUAAAAUGUAAAAUUAUUAUAGACUAACUGGUAAAGAUCUCUUUCCUGGUGUAGGAUUUAAUUUAGUAUUAAAAUUGAAUAAACAAUGCAAAAUUGAUCUAACUCCUUUAUAAAUGAAAAAAAAUGACCCAAAUUUAAUUCAGUUAAUCUAAAAAAUGCUUGAAAAAGACCCUAAAAAAAGGAUAUCAGCUAGUUCUUGUUUAAAAGAUUAAUUUUUUGAUAAGGUUUAUAAUAAAAAGGAAAUAGAACCAAAAAUUUAACAAACUUCUUCUCAAAAAAAACAGUUUUUCUCCUCAGCUGGUAAAAAUUUUUAGACAACUGAGUUUAAAAGUGAUUCUCCCUCAUAAUAAAAUAAUUAAUAAAUAGAAAAAGGAUCAUUUGUAACCUAAGAUUGUGCAUUUAAAGGGUUUAAAGGGCAGUAAAAUGCAAAAGUAAUGUAAAAGUUCAAUACAACAGAAUUUGAUCACAUUGAUUUAACAGGAAGUCCAAUAGAAAAAAAAUAAAGUAAAUUCGCAAAAGCCGAUUAAAUAGAAGAAGAAGAAGAUAAAUGA